GAAUCUCGUCUUCACACCCCCAUGUACUUCUUGCUCCGCAAUCUAGCCAUCCUUGACAUCUGCUUCUCCUCUAUCACUGCUCCAAAGGUCUUGGUGGACCUUCUGUCACAGAAAAAGACCAUAUCUUAUACAAGCUGCAUGACACAGAUAUUUUUCUUCCACCUCCUUGGUGGGGCAGACAUUUUUUCUCUCUCCGUCAUGGCGUUUGAUCGCUAUGUGGCCAUCUCCAAGCCUCUGCACUAUGUGACCAUCAUGAGUAGGGGGAGAUGCACAACCCUCAUCGUGGCCUCCUGGGUGGGGGGCUUUGUCCACUCCAUCAUACAGAUUUCCCUGUUACUCCCACUCCCCUUCUGUGGACCUAAUGUUCUUGACACUUUCUACUGUGAUGUCCCCCAGGUCCUCAAACUUGCCUGCAGGGACACUUUUACUCUUGAGCUCCUGAUGAUUUCCAACAAUGGGCUGGUCACCACACUGUGGUUUAUCUUCCUGCUUGUGUCCUACACAGUCAUCUUGACGAUGCUGAGGUCUCACAGUGGGGAGGGCAGGAGGAAAGCCAUCUCCACCUGCACCUCCCACAUCACUGUGGUGACCCUGCAUUUCGUGCCCUGCAUCUAUGUCUACACCCGGCCCUUCACUGCCCUCCCCACAGAUAAGAGCAUCUCUGUCACUUUCACCGUCAUCUCCCCUCUGCUGAACCCCUUGAUCUACACUCUGAGGAAUCAGGAGAUGAAGUCAGCCAUGCGGAGACUGAAGAGAAGACUCAUGUCUUCUGACAGGAAAUAG